AUGAAUUUUGGAUACGCAUACGAUGGAAGAGGAUCUACUUAUAGACCAAACAACCAUGGACCACCAAACAGAGGCUCUGGUUACUCGUUCUCUGCUCGUCAACGUAGACACGGCCGACAGCACCAUAACCACCAUCAUAGCCAUCCAGUCGUACCACAGCAGGAAGUUCAGCAGGAGCCCGUGCGACCCCCAAAUGCAACUCCGGAAAAGCUGAUCGAGCUCCUCAAAUCAUCUGGCGAAUACGAUAGAUUGCGCAAGCAAAUCUUUACACGGUUUCAAAACUCGGACAUGCGUAAAGUAUUGCUCAGCCGAGUGGAUGGCGUCGUCACCGAAUGUCUAGAGAACGACCAACACGUCCUCUCCAAACCACCAGAACUACUUCAUGCAGAGCUCAUGCAUGAGCUGGACACAUACCCUUUUGUCGAGAGACAGGUCUUAUGUGUGCCCAUCUGGCGAGAAGACGAUUGGAUUGCGCACAUUGAACACGCAAUCACCAAUCUUAUACACGAUAGGCCCGUCGAUGCUCCUCCUGUCCCGCCACCACAAGCAGUCAAAGUAGAGGCUCAAGUAGAGCGCCCCAAGGCUCCAGUUCCGUGGAGGAUCAAGGAAACGGCCACAUCCUUUUUCGCCCCAGACAAGGUAGACGAUGGUGACGGUUUAGGAGAAGACGAUAUGGCCAUCGACGACGACUAA